AGCCUCAGCCCUCAGGGACAGCAAGGUAACGUAGCUGCCGCCGAGCAAUUCUGCUGCAGGCGCAGGCGCAUGGCGACCUUCUUCGCCUACCCGGAUCCCUUCAUUUGGUGGCAAGUGCUGCUGUACCAGCUGGUGGUGGCCUUGGGCUCCUUCAUCAUCGGCUGCUUUGGCCUUGGAGGAGGACUGCUCUUUCUGCCCGCGAUGCUGCUGCUGCCAAGCUUCGAGCCCCUCGUAGCGGUGCCCACGGUUUUCGUGAUGGCAUGUGUGGCCAACACGGCGCGGACGAUUCAGCUUUACAGGCUGGGAUUCAUCAGCUUCCGGGAGAACUGGCCAGUGAUGGUGGGCGCCUUUAUCGGCGGCGCCCUGGGCCAGCUUCUGCUGCUCUACAUCCCGGCGGCAGUGGCCGCGCUCCUGGUGGCGGCGGUGGCCGUGAUGGGGGGCUUCCAGGUGCAAGUCUGGGUCUGCAAGCAGUGGGCCAAGGCCAAAGCGGCCAAGGCCGAGGCGGAAGCGGCGAGGGUAGAGGAGACUGUUGCGGAUGAAGCUGGCAAUGACCCCCCUGAUGAUGCCGUGGCAGAUGAAGCAACGCCAACCCAGGUGGAGCCCAAAGUCCAGGAGCUGGCGGAGCAGAAGUCUGCUGCUGGAAGCUCGGUCAAAUCCACCCAUUUCCGGCAGCUUCUGAUGGUGCUGGUGGCGCUGGUGGCUGCAUCGCUGUCCUCCGUCGGAGGCUUGGGGGGUCCAGUCAUUUUCAUGCCCCUCUGGCUGAUGAUCGAGAAGGACAUCCCUCCGAAGAAGCUCCAGGGCAUGGCCUCGACCUUCGCCUGCGUCUUCAUCCCCGUGGCCUGCGCGGUUGGCCUGGCCCUGGGGCACCCGGAUGUGGGCUUCGGGCUCCUCUGCAGUGGGGUCUCGGUGACCUUCAUGCUACUGGGGGGUUUGUGCAUGCAGCGGCUCAGCGACAGCAGCCUGAAGCUGGGCAUUGGGGUCCUGCUCAUCGUGGUGGGUUUGGCGCUGGGGGCCCGGACCGGCGUGCAGCUCAGCGAGGUCUGAGGUCGGUCUGAGCUCCAUGCAGCUCGGCGCGGCUCUGAGAUCGAUCUGAGAUCUGUCGGUUGAUUUGGAACGUUUGCACAUGGUGAAGGUU